AUGGAUGAAGAUGAAAAUAUUAACAUCAAAGAUGUCGAAGAAACAAAUGAUACCAAUAAAGACGAAAGAAGAGGUGAAAAAAGAAUUAUUGAUAAAGCUCAAUUAUUAAAGCGGACGCAGUCCGAAAUAGACAACCGUAUACCACGCGCCUCCACUGACCUUAUUACACCCCUCCCUAUUUCAUUCUCUGAGGCUGGUGAAAAUCUCGAAGGAUUGUUAAAAAAAAAUAAAGAAUGGGCUAAUGCUAUUACUGCUCAAGUCCCAGGAUUCUUUGCCAAUCAUGCAAAAGGGCAAAAGCCAAAAAUUGUUUGGUUUGGGUGUUCUGAUUCUCGAGUUCCAGCGGAAACUAUAGUUCAAUUGGGACCUGGUGAAAUUUUUGUUCACAGAAAUAUUGCUAACCAAUUCAACCAUACAGACUUAAAUUCUUUAUCGGUAUUACAAUAUGCAGUGGAUCAUCUUAAAGUUGAGCAUAUAAUCGUUUGCGGUCACACUGGAUGUGGAGGUGUUCUCGCUUCAUUGAGCAACGGACAACACGGGCUUGUUGACCACUGGUUACGUAACAUCAAGGACGUUUACUAUGCCAAUAAACCUAAAAUUGAUAUGCUAUCAGAGGAAGAUCGUGUAAAUGAAUUGGUUAAAUUUAAUGUCGUGCAACAAGUUUACAACAUCUCUGCCACAAACAUUGUUCAAAAUGUAUGGGAACAUGGGGGUAAACUCGAAGUACAUGGUUGGGUUUAUGAUUUAGGGACGGGUUUGAUAGAAGAUCUCCAAAUUAAUCUUAAAAAUGCAAAGGAUUUGCGUGAUCAAAUUUUUAAAGUUCAAUAUGAACAAACUUAA